UAAGGUCCAAGGACAUAAUCGUCCAUUCCAAAGGCAGAGAGUAAACAACUUACAACUCUCCCGCUCGUGGCUCGCCGUCGCCGGAGCUAAAAUUUAUCUGGCAGUUCAGCAGCACUUCAGGCGACUGGAAAAUACACGACUUUGGACAAAAUGUUGAGGCGAGCUCUAACAAGCGCCGCCGCCGCGCUCCGGCAACGGCACUCCUGCCACGCGUUAGUCGCUCGGCGGUCUUCGUCGUCGUCGUCAUCUAGUGGUUCAACCGCUGUAAACAGCAUUAUUCUCCGCUCCCUCAAAGAUCACUAUCUCGAAGUCUCCAAAAUGACCCCUCCCCCGAAAAUUAGCCCUCCUUCUCCAUUCACAGUUGUGAAGGGGGCACUUGAUGGUAAUGGCCCUGUUCUGGAACGGACACAUGGCAAUGAGGAGAUUCGUAUCUCUGUGAUGCGGUUGGCUAACAUUAUACCUGGAGGAGGGGAUGAAAAUGAUGAGGAUGACAUUAAUCAAUUGUUUGUCCAUGUUGACAUCUCUAAGCCUGGUCAAAAGGAGUCUUUGCAUUUUCUGUGUGGCUUAUAUCCUGAUGCUUUGGGAAUUCAUUCGGUCUCAUUGAGAACCAGGGAUGACACAGGGUUUCUUGAAGCCUCAAAUAAGUAUGGUGGUCCAGUAUUUCAAGAUAUAGAUGAAAGGACUAGAGACGCAUUUCACAGCUACAUUGAGGAGCGUGGAAUCAGUGAAAGCCUAUUUCCAUUCCUGCAAGCUUGGCUUUAUGUGAAGGACCAUCGGAAUCUCAUGCGCUGGUUCAGAACAAUAGGUACAUUUAUUAACGAGGGCAAAGGAGCCUCCGCUACACAUGCUUAGCUUUCGUUAUAUAUAUCUAAUUAAAGACUGAAUGAAAGUGGGGAAAAGAGUGAAAAUCAUCGAUGAAUACUGUCAAUUCCAAGUCAUGCAUCUGCAAAAUGGUUACUAUAUACGCACUUUGCUGAUAGUCUAGCUCUUGCCAAUGUUUUUCACCAUUUAUUGUCUUCUCUACUACUUGCCACUGUGUUUUUGCAAAUCUUAUUUUUCCCCUAAUUCAUGGAUUUUGAUUUUUCUUUUC